CGUGGUCGACUGGAUGGGCGCGUGCCUGAGCUCACCGCUGCCCUCGGAGGACUCGCUCUCCCUGGUGCUUCGGCCGUCGCUUCCUAGAUUGCUGCGCAGUCUCGUGUCCAGCGAUCCGAGUCUCGCCAGGCUGUCCGAGUGCGAGGCCAGCACCUUCAGCUGGCCUCCCAGCAGUUCCGCCGUCUCCACCGAGUCGCAUCUGCAGCGCAACACGUGUGUGAUCAUCCAGGCGUGCACGUGCACGGGAUUGUUGGUGGCGGGAUUCGGCAGCAAAAGGGUCGCCGCUACGACGUCCUCGCGCUGCACCGCCGCGAGCACCGCGUGUCCUGGUACCAGGUGCUUCACCGCCGACCUCGUCGAGCCGCCAGGGUGGACUGUCUGGAUGAUCUUCAGGCCUUUGCUGCUGACCUAAGCGAAUCAUAAUGUCAGUAUAUAAAGAACUGCUGAACACUUCGCAAGCUAGUCUGCACUAGUAUAAUCUAACUGCAAACUUUGCAUCGCUUAUAACUUCUGCGCUAUGAAGUCUGUACUAGUUGUGUUUGCUGCAAUCUGCAUCGCCGGUGUGCUCUCGGACCCGAAAGGAGAUAUCGAUGCUUGCGUCGCUGAAUCAAAAGUCGAUACAAAAUUGUUUGAAGAUAUGAUGCACACCCCUGACUUCAAGGCUACUCGAGAAAUGGACUGCUUUGCUGCCUGCAUGUUCAAGAAAGACGGCGUGCUCGAUGCUGAUGGUAACGUCGACGCAUCUAAACUACCAAAUGUUGAUGUCAGCAAAGUUUGCGGAGCACUUCGUGGGAAAGAUGCAUGUGAAACUGCCGGCAAGAUAAUAGGAUGUUUCGCCGAGAAGGGCGUCAUGGAUGUGUUUCAUAUAGUAUAAAAUUUUAUCUGCGUUUUAUCCAAAAAUAAUCAAUAUGAAAUGAAAAAAAAAAAAAAUUAAAU